CGCGCGAAAGAGGGCGGGGCUGAAAUGCCUGCGUGAGAGUGUCUGCUUUCGCCUCUGUUCCGUUCCUGUGAAGCCCCGGGGAGGGAGGAGUCAGUGUGGCAGCGCCGGGGGCCUGAGAUGAGCACUCUGGCCCCCCUCAGCCUCUCAAACAUGGCAAGCCCAUCCCUCAGUCCAGAUGAAUCCUCUUUGUCAGCAGCAGUGAGUAUAUCUCCCUCGGACUCCGAGAACCUGAGUCCCGAUGAACUGGAGCUGCUGAGCAAACUGGAGGAACAGAACAGGCUUCUAGAAGCAGAUUCCAAGUCUCUACGCAGCGUCACCGGGCCCUGCAGGAGCACGGUCACCUCCCCGGGGCCAUCACCUCUGGACCAGGAUAGCUGGGAACUGUGGGGCCGCAUCAUUACCCACUGGGAGGAAUGGACCAGGAGGAAGGAGAAGCUUUUAAAGGAGCUGAUUCGGAAGGGCAUCCCGCAUCACUUUAGGGCCAUGGUAUGGCAGAUGCUGUGCAAUGCAACAGACAUGCCGGUGAAGAAGCAGUACGCAGAUCUCCUAAGAAUGUCUUCACCCUGUGAAAAACUAAUCCGCAGGGACAUUGCUCGCACCUACCCAGAGCAUGACUUCUUUAAAGGGCAAGACAGCCUGGGGCAGGAAGGCCUAUUUAAUGUAAUGAAGGCCUAUUCACUGGUAGAUCGGGAGGUGGGGUACUGCCAGGGCAGUGCUUUCAUAGUGGGACUUCUUCUAAUGCAGAUGCCAGAGGAAGAAGCCUUCUGUGUAUUUGUUCGGCUGAUGCAGGAGUACAGGCUGCGAGAGCUUUUCAAACCCAGCAUGGCCGAGCUUGGCCUGUGUAUAUACCAACUAGAAUACAUGCUGCAGGACCAGCUGCCAGAGUUGAGCCAACACUUUCGCUCUCACAGUUUUCACACAUCCAUGUAUGCCUCCUCCUGGUUUCUAACUCUGUUCCUCACCACCUUCCCCUUGCCAGUGGCUACCCGUAUUUUUGAUAUCUUCAUAUAUGAGGGCCUGGAGGUCAUAUUCAGAGUGGGGAUGGCGCUGCUGACUGUUAAUCAGACUGAAUUAAUGCAGCUAGACAUGGAAGGCAUGUCGCAGCAUUUCCAGAAGGUUAUCCCACAUCAGUUUGACAGCUGCCCUGAUAAGCUCAUCCUUAAGGCAUAUCAAGUGAAGUACAACCCUAAAAGAAUGAAACGACUGGAAAAAGAAUAUGCUGCCAUUAAAAGUAAAGAGAUGGAGGAACAAAUUGAAAUCAAGCGGCUACGAACAGAAAACCGACUUUUGAAGCAACGCAUUGAAACUUUAGAAAAGGAAAGUGCUGCCUUAGCGGACAGGCUGAUUCAGGGUCAGGUGACAAGGGCUCAGGAAGCUGAGGAAAACUAUGCCAUAAAGCGAGAGCUGGCGGUAGUAAAGCAACAGUAUUAUACGGCAACUGAGAGUCUGCAGAAUGCCCAGAGUCUCAUUCGUCAGCUACAGGAAAAGCAGAUGGAUCCCCGUAUAACAGAGGAGAUGGUGUUGCACUUAGAGUCGGAGCUUGAACAUUCCAGGCUGCGGGAAACAGAGACCCUGGGAGCCCUGAAGGAGAUGCAGGACAAGGUAGUGGAUUUAGAGAAGCGGAACAGCGCUCUUCCUGAUGAGAAUAAUAUCGCUCUGCUCCAUGAUGAAGUGCAAGCUCUAAGGAAGAGAGAAGCCCAUGCUCUGCAGGCCAUGCGAGAGGGUCAGCAGCAGGUGACAGAGCUGCGAGACCGGUGGCAGUCUCUCUCUUCCAAAGGAGGUGGCAUUUGGAAGGACUCCCCCCGCAAGAACACAGCUGUGGACUUGCAGGAUGAGGCUAUGUCGUGCCGCUUGCGAGAAGUGGAGGCUCAGAGUGAAACUCGUGAGCUGCGACAGAGGGUGCUCAUCCUAGAGAGUCAGGAGGUGAUGCAUGAAAAACAGUUAUCGCGUCUGGAGAAGGAAUGCAAAGAGCUAAGAGAAAGAUUACAAAGCGAAACUUCCCAGAACAAGGCUUUACAGUCACAAAUGAAUGAGGAUAAGCGCAGGCAUGCUGUUACAGAGUGCAAGAAUAAAGAAGAGGUAAUGGCAGUACGAUUACGGGAAGCAGAUAGUAUGGCAGCAGUGGCAGAGAUGCGCCAGCGCAUUGCUGAGCUGGAGAUACAGAAAGAAGAAGGGGUGAUACAAGGAAAGCUGAAGGAUUCGGACUCUUCGCAGUACAUCCGGGAGCUGAAGGAUCAAAUAGACGAGCUGAGACAGGAGGUUCUUCUUCUUCGGGGCCACAAACCUUAUUCCGAUCCCAUCACUUUUGAUCGCCUGCACCUCAAUUCUCGCUCAGGACAGGGAGAUGAAGAUUCCCUUCCAUCAUCAGAUGAGGAGUUACUUUCCAGGCCCCUCGGGGCAUUGCAGGAUGCACUGUACACGCAUUCUCCCCACAAGACUUGUUUCUUGAGGCCACUUAGAAGUUCUGCAAGCACUGACAGUGAAGAAGGAGCAGAAACGAAUGGAGUCACUCCAGACACUCCCCCUGAUCCUGCCGAGGAGGAAUAACACUAUGGAGAGGGGAAGGGAGGAGACUUUAGUCAUUUGUAAAGCCCUUUCCUAGCAUUAAGGAUGGUGGAGUGGGAAAGUACUGUUAAUCGCUCUAUCCCUAACUGAAACUGCCCAUUAAAUAAGAGUGUGCAAAUCUCCAGCAACCUACUCCAUGCCACCUGAAGACCAUGUAUUUAGGAGUGUCAUUCUACUCCCUUUCCCACUGCUCUGAGAACUAUUGUGCCCUGAGCGUAGAAAGGCGUCUCAUCUACUUGUCACUCAUCAGAGGUCUUUCUGUUAUUCUCCCCAAGGGUGAAGGGGGGUUGAAAAGAAAAGGCAAUAUCCAAAACUACUGAUCAGUAAUGCCAAGGUGGCCUUUGCAUUGUCACCUCCAAUCAAACAGCCCCGUUAAGACCCAUGAUAAGAACACACAUAUGCACUACACGAGAUCAGUGAGAAACUGAUUGGUCAGUAUAUUCUAGCACCGUCCCUACUGUAGGUGCACUGUGUACAGGACAACUUUGUUUUCAACUACUUGAAAUCCUCGGCGUAGAAACAAGGUCUCUGAUGCAAUUCAGAAGUAUUAAAACACUCGGUGUUUAUAAACGUUAUUUCCUAUAAUGUAUGUGUGAUGUUGAUAGUGAUUGGUACCAAUCACCUGGAGUCACAGAGAACAAAAGGUAAAUGUAGAAUUCUGGAGCCAACAGAACAAAUGAUAAAUGUAGAAUUCUGGAGCAACAUAGAACAAAGGAUAAAUGUAGAAUUCUAGAGCCACAGAGAAUAUGGGAGAAAUGUAGAAUUCUGGAGCCACAGAGAAUAUGGGAGAAAUGCAGAAUUCUGGAGCAACAUAGAACCAAGGAUAAAUGUAGAAUUCUGGAGCAACAUAGAACCAAGGAUAAAUAUAGAAUUCUGGAGCAACAUAGAACCAAGGAUAAAUGUAGAAUUCUGGAGCAACAUAGAACCAAGGAUAAAUGUAGAAUUCUGGAGCCACAGAGAAUUUGGGAGAAAUGUAGAAUUCUGGAGCCACAGAGAAUUUGGGAGAAAUGUAGAAUUCUGGAGCCACAGAGAAUAUGGGAGAAAUGCAGAAUUCUGGAGCAACAUAGAACCAAGGAUAAAUGUAGAAUUCUGGAGCGACAUAGAACCAAGGAUAAAUGUAGAAUUCUGGAGCAACAUAGAACCAUGGAUAAAUGUAGAAUUCUGGAGCCACAGAGAAUAUGGGAGAAAUGUAGAAUUCUGGAGCCACAGAGAAUAUGGGAGAAAUGUAGAAUUCUGGAGAUAAAGGAUACAUGAGGAAUUCAACAACCAUGGUCCACCUAUGAAGCAGUUCAUACCAUGAGCAGCAAGUGUCUGUAACAAGUGCAGCGAGAAUCAAAAAUGGCUAAUUUCUUUGUUCACCGGUGGUUUGAUGUGAAACACCAAAUAUCCAGAAAAAAAGCCAUUCCAAUAUAAAUAUAUAUAUAUAUAUAUAUAUAUAUAUAUAUGGUGCAUGGGUGUAAGGCCAUCAGGCAGUACAAUGGAACAAUAUCUUAAGUGGCAGCUUACUCACUGGCUUAGCCAAGAUGUUGUAGUAUCAAGAUGGCAGCAAGGAACAUGUAACUGGUUCCCUUCCCAGCUCUCCCAGAGCAUUUGAAAGGAUGAAACAACGUCUAACUGCUGACAGAGCUCACACGAGACCCAGUCUGUGGAACCCGCCGCCAUUUAACUUUUUGUCAUAUCAUUUGAAGGAGCCUGGUACGUUUUCGAACACACUCCAGUACAGUGUUACUAAUCCUUUUGACACUAACACCAGAAUGUGUUUAAUGUGUGUAUAUAUGUAUUUAUAUAUAAUUAUUUUUCUUCAUUGUAAAUGGUUCAGUGUUACCUAACCCUAACCGGUCGGAUAAUGUUACGUUUGUGGCCGUUCUUUCUUCGAAACAUGUAUAAAACCCCCAACCUUCCGCCGUCCUCCUGUAGGAAAAUGCCUAGUGUUUGAUAUCCUUUAAAGAAGUGUAGAAAAAUUUCCUUUUUUAAUUUUUUAAGAAGAUGCCAUGUGUCCCUGUUGUUGGUGGAAAUGUGUUGUUGUUCUGCCAGUUCUCAUUUUUCCAACAAACGCAGGCAUUCCUGCUUGAUAUAGCUCCAAUAUAAGUAGAUAGUUACCUGAUCCUGCUUGAUAAUGCUCCUGUAUAAGUGGAUGGUCCACUGAAGCCCUUGAGAAGUUGUUGCUUCUUGCCAGUGGAAUCCGGGAGGUUGUAGCUUAGCAACGUUACGAUUGCUGCCUUUGCUUAAAGAAGAACUAAAGCUUAACCAUUAAUAUGUCCAGAAAUGCAUUACUUUCUAUAUUGAAAUUAACGUUCAAGCAGAGAAGGUCACAAUAAUAAUUCAGUCGUUCACAGUUGUCCACAUGAGUCCACGAUUUUGAUUCUGUAAGGUUAUCUUUUGAGUGUCAGUGACACUGCACAUGCUCAGUGUGCUCUGGGAAACUGCUGAGCAUAGGGGUCAUCAGAAAUUAACAAGCAGAAAAUGCAUUUGUCUUGGAAGCUGAUUAUACAGGGUGGAUUAUUAAAUUCUGUAGAAAGCACUGAUUUCAGUGAAUCUGAAUUUAUUACUAAUUAGCCGUGUGUAUGUGUGUAUAUAUAUAUAUAUAUAUACUGUAUAUGAUGAGAUUGCCCCUAAGCAUAGAGUUACCAACAGCAUACACUGUGAAUCAGAAGAAAAGAAGAAGGGCUGCUACCUUAUGAGGCACGGGUCUUCACUGCCAUAGGUCUGUGGUUACCUUAAGGUCCCCAUACACGGGCUGAUUCUAGCUGCCAAUAUUGGUCCUUUAGACCGAUUCGGCAGCUAAACGGCCCGUGUAUGGGCACUACCAACAGGCCUGCCCGACCGAUAUCUGGCCUGAAAUCGGGCAGAUCUCGAUCCGGCAGGUUAAAAAAUCUAGUCUGAUCGGGGGCCGCAUUGGCUCGUUGAUGCGGCCCCUGGACCGACUUUUCCCAUACCCGUCGUUAUAAUUCGAUCGUUUGGCCAAGCAAGCGGAUCGGCCCGUGUAUGGGGACCCUUAGGCUAGUAAAGAUGCCCUAACAGUAACGUGAAGCAUUUCUAGCCUCCUUCUUUGUUAAGCUUUAGUUUUCCUUUAAACAAAACCUCCGCCGCUGGAUCUCUGGUUCCAAGCUAUAAACUUCUGUUGGUAGAAGCUGGGAGAUGUUGUUUGGCAGAUGCUUUAACUCUAAUGUAAAAGGACAGUUAUAAGCAGGGCAGCUCUCUCUUUAAUGCAAGACUUUAUAGGGGGGAGAAAGCAGAUCCAUGGGACUGCAUAACGUCCACUAAAACCUGCAUUAUGGAUAAAUCCUUUAUAAAAACUGCCAUCAAACUAUUUCACACUUGGUUCUUCCAGAACCGUAAACAGUGUUCUGCCAUUUAUAUAUAUAUAUAUAUAUAUAUUACAUAAACGAAAUGAUCAGAUAGUUAUUUAUAUAUAGUUUGAAAGUGCUGUGGUUUAGUUUGCACUGCACCAGCUAGCCAUUCUUAUUGCUGCCACACUUGUGCCCUGGCUAGCCUACGUUACAACAGUGUAUUUAUAAGAGAAACUGGCUUUUAUUUGUGCCUGAAAAUAUUGAAAAGAAGUAUUGAGUUGGUUCUGGGAGAGUGAGCUACAGGGUUAUAUUUAUCAAAAGUUGGAUAUUUGUGUCUAAUAAGACUGGUUGAUUAUAUGAAUGAUUUGCUGGUCAAUGUCGUUCAGUUUCUCGGUUUUAGAUAUUGAUAAUUGAAUGGACUUGAAUUGAUCGGAAGUUUCUUCUCUGCAACUCUGAUCAGCUGAGAUACUCUCGAGAUCAAUGGGACCUGGAUAGUUUCAAUUUGAAAAUAAGAUGUUGGGGGUUUUGUUUGUUGUCAAAUAUUUGAGAUGUCAUAGUAUGCAGGGACUGCAGAAAAUUACUGAAAACGUUGAGUAUAAUUUCCUCUGUUGAACUUGAAUCAGCUGGAGAUCUUUCUUAAUUUCAUCCAGAUUCAAAGGAAUCACAGACUAGCUAAUGAUGAGUAGUGCAGCAGGGUUGGUCCUUCAGGUCCUCUUCUCUGCAGUCUUCUACCAUGUGUAGUUGAAGCCAAUGUGGACCUGGUUUUUGACUGCUAGGUUGGUGAUCGUCGACAAGGGGACCAGAAAUGGUUCUACAUGGGGCCUGCCAACCUCACACUGCUACUCUGCAUUACAGAACAUGGUUGAGAAAGCAGCCACGUUUAGGGGAUCCUACAUUAUGUAGGUUGGGAGGGCUCUGUAGGGGGCCCAGUGAUUACUAAGAGUCUCAUUCACCCUUAAACAAGGUAAUUAAACACUACUGCAUGGUUUUUGCUAAAUGUGCCCUAGUUCUUGUAAGAUUUAUAUUUGCUGGGCAUCACCCUGUGUUACCUCCCAUCAGAAACAGCAGUGCUGUUAUACCUUAUGGCUGGGAUUCUACCUAUCCCUAUAACAGAGCUGUCGCCUCAGAAUACUAAAGUAAAGAUCAGUAUUGGAUAGAAACUAGGGAUGCACCGAACCCACUUUUUUGGGUUCCCCUGGACCCAACGUGGCGGAUUCUGCCGUGACGGAUUCUUUGAAGGGAGAAUCCGAUUUAUUCAACAACUACACAAACCCCAUUGCUUUGUAUGAUAUUCUGCAUAGAGUUAUAUGUUGAUCAUAUAUAUAUAUAUAUAUAUAUAUAUAUAUUGAAAAGCUCUUGACCUUUCUGGUCUUUAUAAAAAUCAAAAGUAAAAGUGUUUGGGGGAAGAAAAAAAAAAAAUAUAUAUAUAUAUACGUAAAUUAUUUUAAAGUGCAAUAAAUGCUAAGGUAUGGCAGUAUUGGGUAAGCUUGCUGCCCGACAAAGGGGGGUGGGGGGUCUCAGAGUAUUAGAAAGACAUGAUUUAAGAUUCUAUCCAAGUGGUAGCAGGGUUAACUUUAUAGUCAUUCUGAUUGUAAACCUCAGUUUAUACAUUCUAACUUUGGUGGCGGUAUAGGGACAGAGGCACCCCUAAUUGUCUUGAUUGCUGCUGUUGUGGCGUUGCAGUCAAAAUGGAGACCAUGACGUCUGUUCUUACUGAUGGUGGGUAGCCCUGAAUGGCAUGCAUACCUACAGCAGGGCAGGGGCUACCUCAGUAGGAAGUAUCACGCCCAGGACGUCGGCAGCGUCUGAAAUCAGUGGAACUCUACUGAAUGUUUCAUGUCAAAGACUAUGGACUUCUUGUUCAUUGGACGGGUUAAUUGAAAUGGAAAUAUGGUACAGUCCAGCCCGCCUGUGGCAAUAGCCCCGUGUGCAGUCUAUGAAUAUUACUAAGUGUACUUGUCAGACUUUGCUUGCAACCAAAUGUGCCACGGAAAGGGAGGAGCGUGGAUGGCAACACGCUGAUGUUUCCUGUCAGACUUGUAUGGGCAGAUAUAUGCUCCCCUGAGCAAUAUUGUGAUGCUUUGCAGAGGGUUCUAGUCGGGUUCCUAAUAUGGUGCAGGUCUUUGACCACAAUUGCUCUGUAGUUGAGUGAGUUCUUCUGACAGCAGAAUGGCCACACAAUUCAGAGUGUUUAUUGCAUUAAGGCCACUGCUGAUUGAUUUGGUGCUAUGAUGCAUGUGAUUGGCCACAGUGAGCAGUAACUGGUACACACAGAAUUUAAGGCAAGCUCAUGGGUCAGGAACCGUUCCACUAAAUGCACAGUACAAGCUUACUGGGCCUCAUUUACAGGUUGCUUCUUUAAUACAAAUACAGUACUAUCUGCUUUUGGCAGCCUUGUGUUUAUGAGGGUUGGGCUGUGAGCAGUAAUUGGGUGUCCCCUUGGAUGCCCCCUAGCUUGUCAUUUAGACACACAAGCUAGAAAGGACCAAUAGGAACAAGGUGCUAUGGUGCCCCGCAAUUACCACCUUCCAAUGGCAGGCAUUAAGUGCAUACCUGUCUAUGUCAGAAAACAUAUCCCCAGCCGCAGAACGUAAGUGCAUGGGCCCCUUAGUGCAUGGUAAAUGACCCCUGCUGUGUUUGCUUUGGCUAUCUAUACCCUUUGUCAUCCCACCCCAGCUCCAUUAUUUGCCUGCACUCGGCGCUCACUUAAAGAGUAAUUUCCCCUGUUGAAGCACUUUGAUUCUUUCAGCGACAUUGGCCUCUGCCGGUGCCUUAGUUAGAGGGAAAAUGCAACAAUGAGUUGAGGGGGUAAAGGUGCAAUUCUGAGCAGUUGUCUGACAAGAGUAGAACUCGAGCAACAAACCACAGAUCUUGUCUGCCUUUAUAUCACAAACGUGCCAUAUCACAUACAUUAAGCACUUUUAUUUGUAUGAUUUCCUGGUAAACUUUACUGAGCCUUUUUUCAAGUGGCUUUAGGCCGAUGCUUAAAUCACCCUAAAUGGGUUUAGUGUCGUUGUAUGCAGUAACUCACAUGGGGGACUGUCAUGCUGAGUAUCAGAUUUAGAUGUAGUAUGGUGCAUUUUAGGGUAGAAAGGGUCAUGGGAGAUACUGUGGCAUUGACAAGUCACCCAUGUUGCUCUUUGUAUUACUCAGAAAAGGGGACAACAAAUGUUAACGUUCUGUAUUCUGUCACAUUACCUGUAUUAAUAAAGACAUUCACACUCUUUUACUAA